AUGCUGCUGCUCGCCCUGCUGCAGGAGCGGGGCGGGGGCCGGGGGCGGCCGRCGGGGAUGCCCCGCCGCGGGCGCGCGCCGCCCUGGAGCCUCGCCUGGAUUUGCUGCUGGGUUUUCGCCGGCUGUCAGGCGGCCUGGGCUGGGGACUUGCCCUCCUCCUCCUCCAGCCGCCCGCUUCCUCCUUGCCAGGAGAAAGAUUACCACUUUGAAUAUACGGAAUGUGAUAGCAGUGGCUCCAGGUGGAGAGUUGCCAUUCCCAAUUCUGCAGUGGACUGUUCCGGCCUGCCUGACCCAGUGAGGGGCAAAGAAUGCACUUUCUCUUGCGCUUCUGGAGAGUAUCUAGAGAUGAAGAACCAGGUAUGCAGUAAGUGUGCCGAAGGCACCUACUCCUUGGGCAGUGGCAUCAAAUUUGAUGAAUGGGAUGAAUUGCCAGCAGGAUUUUCCAACGUUGCAACAUUCAUGGACACUGUGGUGGGCCCUUCUGACAACAGGCCAGACGGCUGUAACAACUCUUCUUGGAUCCCUCGUGGAAACUACAUAGAGUCUAAUCGUGAUGACUGUACGGUGUCUCUAAUCUAUGCUGUACACCUUAAGAAGUCAGGCUAUGUCUUCUUUGAGUACCAGUAUGUCGACAACAACAUCUUCUUUGAAUUCUUCAUUCAAAAUGAUCAGUGCCAGGAGAUGGAUACCACCACAGACAAGUGGGUAAAACUCACUGACAAUGGAGAAUGGGGCUCUCAUUCUGUAAUGCUGAAAUCAGGCACAAACAUACUGUACUGGAGAACUACAGGCAUCCUUAUGGGUUCUAAGGCUGUCAAGCCUGUCUUGGUGAAAAAUAUCACAAUUGAAGGGGUGGCUUACACUUCAGAAUGUUUUCCAUGUAAGCCAGGGACAUUCAGCAACAGGCCAGGUUCAUUCAACUGCCAGGUGUGUCCCAGAAACACCUAUUCUGAGAAAGGGGCCAAAGAAUGCAUAAGGUGUAAAGAGGAUGCCCAGUUUUCAGAGGAAGGAUCCAGUGAGUGCACGGAGCGCCCACCCUGUACCACAAAAGACUAUUUCCAGAUCCAUACUCCAUGUGAUGAAGAUGGAAAGACACAGAUAAUGUACAAGUGGAUAGAACCCAAAAUCUGCAGGGAAGAUCUCACUGAUGCUAUUAGAUUGCCCCCUUCUGGAGAGAAGAAAGAUUGUCCACCUUGCAACCCUGGAUUUUAUAACAAUGGUUCAUCUUCUUGUCAACCCUGCCCUCCUGGGACCUUUUCAGAUGGAACAAAGGAAUGUAGACCAUGUCCAGCGGGAACGGAGCCGGCACUUGGGUUUGAAUAUAAAUGGUGGAAUGUCCUUCCUGGCAACAUGAAAACUUCCUGUUUCAAUGUUGGGAAUUCCAAGUGUGAUGGAAUGAAUGGUUGGGAGGUGGCUGGAGAUCAUAUCCAGAGUGGAGCUGGAGGUUCUGAUAAUGAUUACCUGAUCUUAAACUUGCAUAUUCCAGGAUUUAAACCACCAACAUCUAUGACUGGAGCCACAGGUUCUGAACUAGGAAGAAUAACCUUUGUCUUUGAGACCCUCUGUUCGGCGGACUGUGUCCUGUACUUCAUGGUGGAUAUUAAUAGAAAAAGUACCAAUGUGGUAGAAUCAUGGGGUGGAACCAAAGAAAAACAAGCAUACACCCACAUCAUCUUCAAGAAUGCCACAUUUACAUUUACAUGGGCAUUCCAGAGAACUAAUCAAGGUCAAGAUAAUAGACGGUUCAUCAAUGACAUGGUGAAGAUCUAUUCUAUCAUAGCCACUAAUGCAGUUGAUGGGGUGGCGUCUUCAUGCCGUGCCUGUGCCCUUGGUUCUGAACAGUCGGGCUCAUCGUGUGUCCCCUGCCCCCCAGGCCACUACAUUGAGAAAGAAACCAACCAGUGCAAGGAGUGUCCACCUGACACCUACCUGUCCAUACAUCAGGUCUAUGGCAAGGAGGCUUGUAUUCCCUGUGGGCCUGGGAGUAAAAGCACUCAGGAUCACUCAGUUUGCUAUAGCGACUGCUUUUUCUACCAUGAAAAAGAAAAUCAAAGUUUGCAUUAUGACUUCAGCAACCUCAGCAGCGUGGGUUCCUUAAUGAAUGGGCCCAGCUUCACCUCCAAAGGAACAAAAUAUUUCCAUUUCUUCAAUAUCAGUUUAUGUGGGCAUGAGGGGAAGAAGAUGGCUCUCUGUACUAAUAACAUAUCGGAUUUUACAGUAAAGGAAAUGGUGGCAGGAUCAGAUGAUUACACCAACUUGGUAGGGGCUUUUGUGUGCCAGUCAACAAUUAUCCCUUCUGAAAGUAAGGGUUUCCGAGCAGCCUUGUCAUCCCAGUCCAUCAUUCUGGCAGACACAUUUUUAGGCGUAACAGUUGAAACCACAUUGCAAAACAUUAAUAUAAAAGAAGACAUGUUCCCAGUUUCACCAAGCCAAAUACCAGAUGUGCAUUUCUUUUAUAAGUCUUCCACAACUACAACGUCCUGUAUUAAUGGCCGAUCAACUGCUGUGAAAAUGAGGUGUAAUCCUACUAAACCUGGAGCGGGCGUGAUUUCAGUCCCCAGCAAGUGCCCAGCAGGCACCUGUGAUGGAUGUGCAUUCUAUUUCCUGUGGGAGAGUGCUGAAGCUUGCCCUCUGUGCACCGAGCAUGACUUCCAUGAGAUUGAGGGAGCCUGCAAAAGAGGAUUUCAGGAAACCUUAUAUGUCUGGAAUGAACCUAAAUGGUGCAUUAAAGGAAUUUCUUUGCCUGAGAAAAAGCUGUCAACCUGUGAAACAGUUGACUUUUGGCUAAAAGUAGGAGCAGGCGUGGGAGCUUUCACAGCCGUUUUGCUGGUGGCUCUAACAUGCUACUUCUGGAAGAAGAAUCAAAAACUGGAGUACAAAUAUUCCAAAUUGGUAAUGACAACUAACUCAAAAGAGUGUGAACUCCCAGCUGCAGACAGUUGUGCUAUAAUGGAAGGAGAAGAUAAUGAAGAGGAAGUUGUAUAUUCAAAUAAACAGUCUCUACUGGGAAAACUCAAAUCUUUGGCAACAAAGGAAAAAGAAGACCAUUUUGAAUCUGUUCAAUUGAAAUCUUCAAGAUCACCCAAUAUAUGAAGAGACAGUGCUGUAGCCUUCAGACUAAUGAACAAAGAAACCGUCUCUGUGGUUUUACAGGACCCUGUGUUAGGGUGUGUCUUCACACCUGUCAUGUUGGUGAUCUCACAGAGGAAGGCCUUGGCACUGAAAUGAGAAAGAGGUUGAAAUGCUUGAUUGCCUUAUCACAUGGUCAAGUACCUUGCCAAACAAAGGAAAGCAAAUGAUUUGGGUCUCAACUGAAGAUGAAACUUAACUCAGGAAGAGAUUUAUCUGUAUAUACACAUAACUGAAAACCAAGUUUAAGCCCACCAGUGCACUGCUGAUGCAUGCCAUAUAAUUAUUGGGUAAUUUUUAUUCUUUAUAAUGUCUACAUAAAAAGUGUGCUUUGGAGGGCAGAUGUGAGCAUAAGCCUUGUGAUCUUGUUUAUGUCUUGUCUUUG